AUGGAAAAUCAAAGAAUAAUAUCAACUGAUAAAGGAUCAACAACAACAGCAACUAAAAGAACCAUAGAAUCAGCAGAACAACUAACUCCCACAUCACCGGAAAUGUCAAUGGUAAAAACAAAAAAAUCAGCAAUAGAGGAGGCUGCAGCAAGAUUAAGGACAUUUGGGAUGAGAAUGCUUUCUAAUAAUUUAAAAAAAGCAAAUGUUAUAUGUAAUAAUCUUAUUAAAUCUGUAUUAAUCACAUUUAAUGAAUUGGGAAAUCAAAAUAUUUAUGUUAACAUAAAUAACAACAAUAACAACAAAAUCACAAAUGAUAGCAACGGCAACAAUACUAACAGCAGUAGUAAAUAUGGUCACUAUGAUGAAUAUAUAAAGACAAUGAUACAAUCAAUCAAGGAACUAGAACUUUAUGACUCAUUUAAAUAUGCAUUUCUAGACAAUUCAAAGAAAUUUUUUCGUGAGAAAAGUUUAUCAUACCGACCAUUAAUUGAAAAUCGUAAUAUAGGCACCUAUUUGAAGUUGAUCAAGCAACAAAUUGAGUUUGAGAUUGAUAAAGUGACUUAUUUUUUUGGUGAAGAUUUGUAUAUCAGAGAAUCUUCAGCUAAGAUCAUGAUUAAUGAAUAUUACCUCAGGCAUAUGGAUAUUAUAAUUGAAAAAGAAAAUUUGGAAACAUUAAGUCAAUUAAAUAAGAAAUUUAAAAACAUUCAAUCAAAUGAAAAACAUUCAAAUAUUGUAAAUAUGUGGAAUAAAAAUUUUAUGUCAUUUGUCAAUGAAAAAAAAGAUAAUAUCACUAAUUUUUGUGUCGAUUAUAUUGAUCAUUUAAUAAUAACACCUUCAGACAACACAAAAUCAGAGAAAACAGAUGAAAUAUUAGAAAUUACUUCAUUAAUCGUAUUAUUAGAUGGGGAUGAUUUAUAUUUAGAUAAUUUAAAUGCAAUGAUUAAAGACAUCCAUGAAUCAAUUGAAAUAAAAAAAGAUUUUGAUAUUUUUAAUCAUCUAAAAGUAACAAUAUUAACAGGGUCUUAUUGGCCAAACUUUAUCACUGGAUCGUCAUCUGGAGUUGUUGAUCUAAAAAUACCAUAUGAAUUGUUCUUGAUGAGGAAAUCAUUUCAAGAUUAUUAUUAUUGCAAGGGAAAAGAUAGAAAUCUUAAAUGGUUACAUUCCUAUGAUAAUCUAAUUAUUUCUUCAAUUCAUCCAAAGAGAUUGAAUUUAUCCGAUGCUAUUUUUAUUAAUGAAAACUUAAACUACAUCGAAUCAACCGUCGACAAUCCAAUAAUAAUCGCUGAACGAAAAUCACAAAAACAGGUAUCAACAUCAGAGGAUGUUCAAACCUCUUCUUAUAAUAUAUCCAACGAAAUAAGAAUAGAUUCAAGGAUAAUGAAAUUAAUGAAAUUGCAUAAACGUUACCAACAAAAUAGUUUGAUUAGUUUUAUACAAAAAGAUUUUAAAAAUAAUUUUCAUCAACAAAUUCAGAUUAAAUCCUUAAUAAAACGACAAUUUUUAAGAAUUGAAGGCAAAAAUGUUAUUUAUGAAUUGUCUUCCAUAGAACGUAUCUGCUUUCAAAUCGAACAGGCUCAUUGGUUCUAUGAAGAUUUUGUUCGUGAACAAAAUCCAAGUUUACCCAGCUUCACAUUAAAAUAUAAAAUAAGGGUUCCAGUAUGCGGCGCAAUAAUGUUAAAUCUUACUAUGGAUAAGGUUCUAUUGGUAAAAGGUUGGUCAUCACGAUCAGGUUGGGGUUUUCCAAAAGGCAAAAUAAAUAAAGAUGAACUUGAUUCAAUUUGUGCCGUUAGAGAGGUGUUUGAGGAGACUGGGUAUGAUAUCACACCAUUGAUUAAAGAAAAUGAUUUUGUUGAAAUAACAAUUCGUGGCCAAAGGAUCAGACUAUAUAUAGUGGCUGGUGUACUAGAAGGUGCUAAUUUUUGUCCACAGACACGUAAAGAAAUCAGUAAAAUAGAAUGGCAUAAUCUUUCAGAUUUACCCACUUGGACAAAAAAUCGUAAUAAAGAAUCACCUUAUAAUUGUGGUGGUGGUUGUGUUAAAUAUGGUAGCAGUAGAUAUUACAUGGUUGUUCCAUUUGUUACGAAUAAGAAAUCAUAUUGGUUAGAUGAUAACAAUUAUGCUAUAAAACCCUCGCACGAAUCAGCAAUCAUUUGUUCUGAAAGUGAUGGCAUAGAAGAGGAUGAAGAGGACGAAAAUUUGGCUUUUAUUGAUGAUCAUGGUCAUAACAUAGAGGAUGAAAACUCAAUAUUUGAUCAUACAACAUUUAUUUAUCAUAAUAUCAAUAGCAACAAUGGCAACAGUAAUAAUUACAAAAAUAAUUCAUCCGAUAAUUUUGUUGAUAAUAAAAAAGGUAAAGCUAAGGCGGAUUUAAAUUAUACAAAAAAUACAAGAUCAAACCAUGCUACUAGCACCACCACUACCACAAUUACAGCACCCAAUAACAAUAAAACAUUUGUACCAUCAAUAUUUAAUAAUUUAGAAACUCAACGAAAGAAUUCAUUGCUCAAUAUACUCCAAUCGACUAAAUCCAUGGAAUCCUCAUCGUCAUCGCUAGCAACAUUUAAUAAUAUAGAAUAUAAUAAUAAUAAUAAUGAUAAUAAUAAUACUUCAAACAACAUACCAUUGUAUAAUAAUAUACUUCAAUAUCCUAAUACUAAUAAUUUCAAUGCUAGUAAUAAUCUUAAUUCAACAAAUCAACAACAUCGUCAUCAUCAACUAUCUUUGGAAUCAUCUUCUUUUUAUAAUAACAACAAUAGCACAAACAACUAUCACAAUAAUAAUAAUUAUAAUAAAAACAAUGACAAUAGAUUAUUAAACCUCAUGACAACUUCCCAAUCAGUUCAAGGCACUUCUGCUAAUAAUGCGCUCUAUGAAGAAAUAAGGGCACAAGAAAGACAAUUACUUGAAUGGAUAACAACUCAAAUAUAA